CUGUCCCUUGCCUUUAUUCUUUCUAAAUGUCCAUUCCGCAUUCUAUUGCAUUGGUUUGCUUUACUUUCAGGCAAGUUCAUUGCAUCCGGCGAUUCUGACGCUCUUAUUAUUAUUUGGCGACAAGAAGAUGCAGUAGAUUCAAAUAUUUUCUCUCCGUCUAAUGACGACGAACUUCCUCAAAAGCAGCACUGGUCUAACGGUCACGUUCCUAACAACGAGGCUAUCGUGUCAGAGAUAUGUGACUUGUGUUGGUCACCAGAUGGAAAGUACCUACUCUCAUGCGCCGUUGAUCGUAGUAUUAUCCUCUGGAAUGCGUUAAAAGACAAGCGGCGGUUUCCCGUUGGUGUAGCCUGGGAUCCUUUAUGCCAAUAUUUUUCUGAAAUUCCUACGCCAUUGUCAAAAGAAAUCAGAGUAGUUUUUGACUUUGCGAGAGCAAACGUUAGCUUGUGCUUAUUAAAACUGUUCCAUGACAAUUCACUGAUGGCGUAUGCGCGAAAGUUGUGCUUUUCGCCAGAUGGAAAGCUUUUGCUAGUUCCAGGUGAUCUAUACAUCGAACUCAUUAUCGAAUCUUCAUUGACAUAUUUCAAUUUUUUUCUUCAGACCGUGUUUAAUACUUCCGUCACCAAAAGAGGCGACGAUUGCUGUACGUUGUUGCCCGCUACUGUUCCAGUUACGGAAGGCGGCCAUCAUGUUCGAGUAAUUCGCCAUAAGUGCGCUACUUCCUUCUCUCUCAUGUUGCUUCGUUUAAGCCUGCCAUAUCGAUUCCUGUAUGCCGUUCUCACCAGAUCUACUGUUACUGUUUAUGAUUCUGAGCAACCUCUGCCAGUGCUUCAUGUGCGCCAUCUUCAUUAUGCCCGUCUGACCGAUCUGACUUGGUCUCAUGAUGGGCGUAUUUUACUGAUUUCUUCUGAAGACGGCUAUUGCAGUCUUUUGACGUUUGCCCCCGAUGAACUAGGUGUUCCUUAUUUUCAACCUGCUUCGAACCCUAAGUGCAGUGACAACGUGACCGAUAAAGUAGGGUCUUCAGCCGGUCCGUUGAGCAAGUAUGAGCUGUUUCACGUCUCCAAACCAUUGCAGCCACUCGUUUGUGACUACUCAUUUUACAGUAAUAGCGGCUGUACAUAA